AUGAAGUUUGAUGCAAUUGGUAGAAGAGGCUUUUCGCCAAUACAGAAGUGCACCGCUGCUAUGCGAAUGUUGGCAUAUGAAGCGUCUGCCGGUUACAUUGAUGAGUAUGUUGUAAUUGGUGAAAGCAUUGUUGUUGAAUGCCUAGUGAAUUUUGUUCGGGGAGUGAAUGAGAUUUUCGGGAUCGAAUAUUUGAGACGACCUAGUGCCGACGACACUCGUCGCUUACUUCAAAUAGGGAAGGUGUGCGGUUUUCCAGGCAUGUUGAGAAGCAUUGAUUGUAUGCACUGGGAAUGGAAAAUUUUCCCAAUUGCAUGGAAAGGCCAAUUCACGCGAGGUGAUCACGGCACGCCAACAAUCAUGCUUGAAGUAGUUGCGUCACAAGAUCUUUUGAUUUUUGCAUUUUUCGGUGUUCCGAGAUCCAAUAAUGAUCUCAACGUGUUAAAUGAAUCCCCAUUAUUCACUAACAUCUUACAAGGGUAA